GCGCGCUCGCUGCUGUCUACGGUGGUCCACGCCUUCUGCGUGGCGAGCGUGCUGCGCUCCGACCAGCUGGCGGGCUAUGUGGCGGCCUGCCACCCCAGCUUCCCCUCUCUGGGGGCGCUCUACGAGGGCAUGAGGCGCCUCCGGGAGGCCGGGGCGCGCGUGGCGGCGCCUGGGAAAGGGGGAGUCGGGCAGCAGUGGCCUUUGGGGGGCCUGGGGGAGGCGGCGUGUGGGUACGAGGAUGGUGACGAGGAUGAGGAUGACGAGUUUGGGGAGGAGGGGAGCGACGCGGAUGUGGGUGAUUACGAGGGCGAGGAAGAGGCUGCGGGAGUGGAGGUGUCGGACGAGACUGCGCCAGAGUCGGCUUGGGGAGAGGGCGGGCCCCGGCCCUGA